UGGCAAAAGGGGAGAGGGAAUGAGGCCACAGUCCCCUCCCAGCCAAAACAACCACAGCAAACUGGUAUAUAUAUCUGUGGAGUGGGGCAGAUACAGUGCCAGACACUGCGGAGACAAAGGCAUUUGUGUCAAGAAGAGGGAGCAAGUCAAUCAUCCUCAAGCUAUGAAGCUUCUGAUCGUCAUUGUCCUCCUGGGAAUGGCAGUUCUCUGCCUGAGCCGUCAAGGUGCUGAUCGUUCCAAUAGCGUAGCUGAUUCUCGCAGCUCAGAAGCAUUUCUCUCCAGACAAGAGGCUGGUAAUUUUGCGAGAAGACACAGGCGUAGUAAUAUACACCACCAGGUGAGUGGUGGUGCUGUGAGAUCUCCACUGGAGGCCAAAAGGGAGGUUUGCGAGCUGAACCCAGACUGUGAUGAACUUGCUGAUCAUAUAGGAUUCCAGGAGGCCUACAGACGCUUCUAUGGACCUGUGUUACCCAGCAGACGCUGAUUAGUUCCAGUAUACUUGCCUCCUCCUACGCCCAGAUUACUGCCACCUUAUAUUAUAAAGCACAAACGCAUACUAUUGAAGUCUGCUUACAAUAUGUAAUGUAAACUGCACAGUCAAUCAAAAAAAGAAUUUGGUGCUAUUACUGGCGUUUGGAGGAUUAUAGCCAAAAUAUGGAUUAAUUGUUGUGCAUGUAAAAACUUCAUUUAUUAUAGUGCUUACUGAUAAAAAAAAAAUGUGCCUGAUUGCCAUUAGUGAAACAAGAUGUGUUAAUUAAUUGGACUAAACUAGUCAGAAGCUGACGCGUUUUGUGUACAAAUCACACUUCAUCAGAUAAUAUAAACUGGCCCAACCUGAAGACAGUUUCAGGAAGUGAUGACUUAUUGCUUUUGAAGGGAAGUAGACAAACAGGGAGAAUGUUUUCAGAUCCAUUGACAGGUUCUCUGUAAAUUAAAGAUGUUAUUACAUAAUACCAACAA